AUGGCGAAGAGGAGUCAUGUAGACUACGAAGUAUAUAAGGAACGAGAAGAGGUCCGACUCCUACGAAAUAGAUUCUAUCUUUCAACCGUAUUCAUAUAUUCAUCAGUACUUGAACAUUUAGGUAAGUUUAACAAUUCGGGCCUACAUUCAGGUCUGGAAUGGACCAUGGCGGCUAACGUCCAUCCCCCCCCCAAUAGGCACUUAAUUCUAUACAAUAUGUCUUUCGUCAUUAGAGAUGCUGUUGCCAAUUCGCGCUUUAUCAAGCCUUCCACAGUCUUCAAUAGAAGGACACAGUUGAACCGCGCUUUCUUCUCGACAUCACCACAACAUCAGAAAGGUCCUAUUGAGGCAACAAAAGAUACUCUGAAGGCAGCCGACAGGCUCGUUUCAGAUGCUGCCGUCAAGGGAAUCGAGAAAGGAGGUUCGUCUGGAAAACAUUGCUCACACCCAGGUGUAUUAAGACGCAGGCUAAUAAAUUCCGUUUUGCAGAGGCCGCAACGAACAAGAUAA